ACAGAGAAGAAGCCUCCAACAUCUUUUGGACCAGUUCAAGAGAAUGGAAUACAUCUACCAAUUCCAACCAUGUCUCUUCUUCAUAGGUUUUGGAAUGUUGCUGUCUCUUGCUCUGUCUGUGAAGGGCAAUGACUUGGAAAGUUCUAAUGAUAGAAGAGGAUUUACUCUCAAUGCAAGAAGCUUCAUUUCUACUAACCAAAACCGCACCACCAUUUCCAGAAAGCUUCUGCUAUCUACCAAGACAUUUUCAGACACUGUCGAAGGAACCAAUAGGAUCGGACAAGAUUGCUCAAAGGACGAUAUUGUUGUCUUUCAAGGCUCAACGGUUCCACUUCCAAACGGAGUUCCUGCAUACACAGUUCAGAUCUUCAACGCAUGUGUCUCGGGUUGCAAGAUCGCAGAGAUCCACGUCAGUUGUGGCUGGUUCAGCUCGGUCAGGCUGGUUAACCCUAGAGUUUUCAGGCGACUCUGUUAUGAUGAUUGUCUGGUCAACGACGGUCAACCUCUUGCUCCUGGACAGACACUCUCUUUUCAAUAUGCUAACAGCUUCUCUUACCCUCUCUCUGUUUCUUCAGUCUCUUGCUUCUGAUUUUUUUUUUUUUAAAGUAACAAAUUUGGUAUUUUCCACAAGUUU